UUUGACCCUGUUUUAGUUGACGCCAUAUACAAGCCAAAGAAUCUGACCAUUGCUACAACUGUGUUUGCCAUUGGAAAGUAUAUCAGGUUUCUGCAUGAUUUCUUGGAAACAGCAGAGAAGCACUUUAUGGUUGACUUCAAAGUGCACUAUCACAUUUUCACUGACAAGUCGCACGAAGUGCCAUCAGUGAAUCUGGCUGCUGGAAGAAAAAUCUUUGUCCAUCAGGUGCCAAAGUUAAACCGCUGGCAGGACAUCUCUGCUUCGAGGAUGCAGAUGAUCCAGACCAUCAUUGAGGAGCAGCUUCACCGAGAGGCAGAUUACAUCUACUGCCAGGAUGUCGAUGCAAAAUUCCACUUUCGCUGGGGUGCAGAGUCACUGGAUCGGCUAGUUGGCCAAAUACACCCUUGGUACUAUGAUUUGAGUCGCGACCAGUUCACUUAUGAACGGCGUCCUGAGUCUACGGCCUAUAUUCCUCCUGGGGAGGGAGACUUCUAUUACAUUGGAGCCAUGUUUGGGGGCACAGUUGAUGAAGUCUAUAAACUGGUUAAAAGGUGUCAUGAAAAUCUAGAAGCAGACAAAGCAAAUGGAAUAGAGGCAGUCUGGCAGGAAGAAAGCCACCUAAACUGGUACCUGCUUUACAAUAAACCAUCUAAGAUUCUGUCCCCAGAGUACCUGUGGGAUGACAAAAGGGGUAAAACAAAUGUUCAGAAAGUCGUUCGCCUUUCACAUGUCCUGAAGAACUAUGCAGAAGUAAGAGAAAAUGCAUAGGCUUUAUACAAGCAAAGGCACAGCAUGAGACUCAAAGGAGCACUGUAUGCUUUCAUUGUCAACACUCUCGGUGUUAUUGUGUCUUGUGAGAGAAAAUUUUCUUAAUUAGCUUUUUGAUAAACUGCUUUUGAUAUGUAUUUUUAUAUUGUUGCAAGAAUGCCUGGGUGACAGACAGCUGACACGAGAUGAAGAGGCUAAAAGAGAAGUGAGGUUUGAGCUAAGUGUUACACUCAGGUUUUGGAACAUAGCACUUGUAAUAGAACAUAGCACCUGCUCGUACGAUCCUUCCGUGUGCCACGCCGCCUCAUUACCUCAUGUCAAUUCCUGAUUGCAUUCAGCUGUUUCGUGUAAUUUCUGAGUAGUCCUGUGUAUUUAGUCCGCAUUCAAGUUUGUUUCCCCAGUCCGGUUAUAGCAGAAUGGCUAUUUUGGGUAGCUGUGCCUUUAAAUCUGCGGCGCGAUUAUCGUAGUUAAAGGUAGCACCGUAUAAAAGUGGCAGUGGUUGGCUGGGGACCUAACGCUGGUAAGGUGUUCUUCCGGUUACCUGACUUCGCUGUGGUUAAAGGUAUGCAGUGGGCUGUUCUGCGUCUUUCCUUGCUGUUGUAGGUCACACUUGUGGCUCUUUGAAUUAAUUGUUUAUCUUGUAGAUCUGCAUA